AUGACCACGUGCAAUCUCAAGCAUCUUCGCUCCGUUCUCUUCUCGAGGAGUCAGCCGCAGGUCUACGAUAGACGGAUAUAUGCAGCCUGCGCGGCUGUCUAUCCCGCUCGGACCGCGUGUUGGGCAGGGUGGGAGGAAUCAGGGGGAAAGAGCGUGAUUGUACGAUGCAGGGUUGCAGGAUCGUACCAGUCCUCUCCCGAGGGUGCCGAUGAUUGGGAAGAGAAGAUGAAGUUGGCAGGUUCUGCCUCUGUUUACCUUCCAUUUCGCCAUGCGACGGGGACGAGUUCCUGGUUGCCUCCCGUGGACUGCUGGGAAGGGGUGCCCCGGGGCCUCCCCUACGGAUGGGAGGCAGCGACCGACAAGGAGGGGAAAACCUAUUUCAUCAACCACGUCAACAAGACGACGACGUACACGGACCCCCGCGGGAAGGACGUGGACCCGGACCCUCCAAUGCCUCGCCAUUUGGAACUCAGCCGACACUCUGAGUAUGGAUUCGGCUUCGUUGCCGGAUCCGAGAAACCUGUCAUCGUCAGGUUCGUGACGGAGGGAGGGCCGAGCGAGGGGAAACUGCUGCCGGGCGACCAGAUCCUGGCCAUCAACGGCGAGGACGUGAAGGCGGCCCCUCGGGAUCACGUCAUCCAGCUCGUCCGUGCCUGCACCCAUUCCGUCCGACUCACCGUCUGCCAGCCUCCCCUCGACAACUCGGCGCGGAAGUCAGCCCUGCUGAGCGCGGCCAAGAAGGCCAAGUUGAAGAACCACCCGUCCCGGGUCCGAUUCGCCGAGGGGGUCGUCAUCAACGGGGCGACUCCUUACUCUCCGUCCACAUUUUCGACCAACGAAUCCUGUGUUCCCUUCAUGCCUAACGUUCUCAAGGUCUUCCUCGAGAAUGGACAGACCAAAAGUUUCAAGUACGAUUCGUCGACGACGGUGGGGGACGUGAUGGAGAGCUUGCAGGGGAAGCUGUCGAUCCAGUGCAUGGAGCACUUUGCACUCGUCGUCGAGCACAUUCGCUCCAUCCGCAAGAACAAGCUCACCCUGCUCGACCCCGAGGAAUCGCUGGCGAGGAUCGCGGCGAGGCCGGGUGCUCAACAUCUCAGGUGCCUAUUCCGAGUCACGUUCGUACCCAAGGAUGCUUACGAGCUUCUGAGGAAGGAUUCUGUCGCCUUCGAAUACCUCUACACUCAGUGCUGCAAUGACGUGGUGAACGAGCGGUUCGCCCCCGAGCUCAAGUACGAAGUGGCGCUGAGGUUGGCAGCCCUCCACAUCCAGCAGCAUGCCAUGUCGCAGAACCUCCAGGGGAAGAUCACCGUCAAAGUCAUCGAGAAAGAAUUCGGCCUGGAGAAGUUCGUCCCCGCCUCCCUGAUCGAGACGAUGAAGCGGAAGGAGCUGAGGAAGCUCCUGAGCCACUUCCUGAAGCAAGUCCAGCAGCUCUCGGCCCCGGGCCAGAAGCAGCUGUCUGCUCUCCAGGCGAAGCUCCAUUACCUCAACAUCAUCGCCCAGCUCCCCUCUUAUGGCGCCAAGUGCUUCCCAACCAAUCUCAGGGACGGGAACGUGGACACGGUGAUCCUGGUCAGUCCCAAGUUCGGCCUUAGUCAAAUCAGCCCACUCCGAAGCACGAUGAGCAUGGGAGGGAUGGGAGCUCGGAUCGGCAUAAAGAACCCAGUGGUCGAUCCCUCGUUACCCAGGGAAGACUUGUCGGUCCGCUGCUCUUCGCCGCUCUUCGUCGCGGGGAUGGCGCUUCGUCUCUGA